CGGACGGGCACGAGCGGAAGCAGCGUUUGUUGUUCAGGGUCUGAACGGGUUCAGGAGCGGGUCUGCAUGUCUCCUCCACUCCACUGCACAAAUCCUCUCCUACUGCCCCCGGAUGAAGAUUAACAGGUAUGCCAAAGGAAAAAUAUGACCCUCCAGACCCUCGCAGAUGUUACACCAUCAUGUCGACCGAGGAGGCCGCCAGCGGGAAGAAGUCUCACUGGGCCGAGCUGGAGAUGUCAGGCCGGGUGAGGAGUCUCAGCAGCUCCCUCUGGACUCUCACCCACCUGACGGCGCUGCACAUCAACGACAACAACCUGAGCCGCCUGCCGCCGGACAUCGCCAAGCUGCCCCACCUGGUCUACCUGAACCUGUCGUCCAAUAAGCUGCGCAGCCUGCCGGCCGAGCUGGGCAACAUGGUCUCUCUCAGGGAAUUGCUCUUGAACAACAAUCUUCUCCGAGUCCUGCCUUAUGAGCUGGGCAGGCUCUUCCAGCUGCAGACUCUGGGGCUGAAAGGAAACCCUCUGUCCCAGGACAUCCUCAACCUGUACCAGGAGCCGGACGGAACCAGGAAGCUUUUGAACUACAUGCUGGACAAUCUGGCAGUGCACCCCGAGCAGCUGCCCCAGAGGCCCUGGAUCACUCUGAAGGAGCGGGACCAGGUGACGCCCACAGCUGCGUUCACCGUCAUGUGCUACAACGUGCUGUGCGAUAAGUACGCCACGCGGCAGCUGUACGGCUACUGCCCGUCCUGGGCGCUCAGCUGGGAGUACCGCAAGAAAGGCAUCAUGGAGGAGAUCACGCACUGCGACGCCGACAUCAUCAGCCUGCAGGAGGUGGAGACGGAGCAGUACUACGCCCUGUUCCUGGAGACGCUGAAGGGGCGGGGCUACGACGGAUACUUCUGCCCCAAGUCCCGCGCCAAGCUGGUGUCGGAGCAGGAGCGGAGGCACGUGGACGGCUGCGCCGUGUUCUUCAAGACCCAGAAGUUCACGCUGGUCCAGAAGCACACGGUGGAGUUCAACCAGGUGGCCAUGGCCAACUCGGAGGGGUCGGAGGUCAUGCUGAACAGAGUGAUGACCAAAGACAACAUCGGGGUGGCCGUUCUGCUGGAGGUCAACAAGGACCUGUUCUCCGGCGGUGUGAAGACGCCGCCGGAGCGCCAGCUGGUCCUGGUCGCCAACGCCCACAUGCACUGGGACCCCGAGUACUCCGACGUCAAGCUCAUCCAGACCAUGAUGUUCCUGUCGGAGCUGAAGAGCAUCGCCGAGCGGGCGUCGGGCUCGGCGGCGGCGGGCUCCCCGGCCUCCGACGUGUCCUCCAUCCCCAUCGUGCUGUGUGCCGACCUCAACUCGCUGCCCGACUCCGGUGUGGUGGAGUACCUGAGCAACGGGGGCGUGGCCGAGAACCACAAGGACUUCAAGGAGCUGCGCUACAACGAGUGUUUGACCAACUUCAGCUGCAACGGCAAGAACGGCGCCUCGGACGGCAGCAUCACCCACAGCUUCCAGCUGAGGAGCGCCUACGACAGCAGCCUGAUGCCGUACACCAACUACACCUACGACUUCAAGGGGGUCAUCGACUACAUCUUCUUCUCCAAGACCCACAUGAGCGUGCUGGGGCUGCUGGGACCUCUGGACCACCAGUGGCUCCUGGACAACAGCAUCACGGGCUGCCCCCACCCCCACAUCCCGUCGGACCACUUCUCCCUGCUGGCCCAGCUGGAGCUCCGCCCACCGCCGCCCCCGCCCCACCCGCUCAGCCCCCUCAACGGCCUGCACCUGCCGGCGCCCAGGUAGUGCAGCCGGACGGGUCCGGGACGCUGUACAGUCCACGCCCCCUCAGACCCCCUCAGACCCCCUCAGACCCCCGCCCAGGAGGGAACCCCCCCCUCCCCUGCCCCCCCGCUGCUCCGUUGGGUUUUGCACAUCGUGCCAUCUUGUUCUUUUCCUCCCUUUCAAAGGCUUCAAACCAAAAGUGGGCCUGGGGCUGCCGGUAGACCUGCUCCUGGGUCCGCUCUGAGCCCCCCCCCCCUCCAGCCUUCCUCACCAGCGGGGGUCAUGAUGCCAGACCAGGCUCUCCGUUUGUUUACAUCCAUAUUUUUUCUAAAACGCAGAUUUUUACUUCAAAGAUUGACCCGUGCGGUUUUUAAAGUUGAAAUCACGGACUCCGUCUGGGUUUUUUUACACGUGAAGACCCGUGCCGGGGCUCUCGGCGGCGAGGGGGCCGCGGUCCGUCUGGAGGGGGCUCAGACCGACGCCUUCACCCGUCUCUCAACACGUGGGACGCUGCUAGCUGCGGUUUUUAAAAAGGAGAGCUGCCUCGCUGGGCCGUGGCGUUCCGGAGGAGCCGCUUUUAAAACACUAAUCGUUUUAUCUGAGAGGGUCUGCAGCCGACGAGAUUCCGCUGAGCUCCGCCCUGCCCCCCGAGAAACCCGUCAGAACCAGACCCCCCCCCCCGCUCUCCCACCAACGCUUCCCGAUCGCCCACCAAAGAACCCCAGCCAGUCCGUCUGCUCCUCCAGUGAGGAGCUGUGUGUGUGUGUCUGUGUCUGUGUCUGUGUGUGUGUGCGUGUGUGCGUGUGUGCGUGUGUGCGUGUGUGCGUGUGCGCGUGUGCGUGUGUGUGUGUGUGUCUCUCUGUGUGUGUGCGUGUGUGUGUCUCUCUGUGUGUGUGUGUGCGUGUGUGCGUGUGUGUGUGUCUCUCUGUGUGUGUGUGUGUGUGUGUGUGUGUGUGUGUGUGUGGAGGAGGCAGUCCCUCAGGGCGGUGCUGUGCGUCCCGGCAGGAAGCAGCUCUUCUGAAACCAUCCUGGAGAAGCACAGACGGCGUCGCACCGCUCUGCCGACGCACUUUGACCUUUGACCCCUCAGCCUGCGAGCCGGGCCGGUGCUCCGUCAGCAGGUGGACAGGGUCUUAGAGGUGGGCCUGGGCCCGGCGGGCGUCCAGCUCUACUUCAGGUCCAGAGGCAAAGGAAUGUACUUUAGUUUCAGCAGAAAACACUGUUGCCUUUUGUAAAGCAGAGCGGCGUUCUGGGUUCUGGGACGGACGGAGCGCCGCGUCCUCCCGGGUCUCCAGUGUAGCUCCUCAGCCUUCUGUCAGUCCAACCACGGCGGCGUCACAUCAGACCGGGACGGUAGCAGCUAAUAAUGUAUAGAUUGUAACAAGACCACAAGCAAAUCAUUUUAUUUUACUGGAGAGUUUUAUCCUAUUUGGAGACAGAUUUUAUCAAUAAACUUCAAUAUAAAUGUGA